AUGGCUGACACAAGAAUCACUGAGACCGAUGAUGAUGACGGCAGCGGCAUGAUCGAUGUGCUUCGUGAUAUCUAUGGAGAAGAUGAGCAUGCGGAUUAUGAUCUGGAAUUUGAAAGAUAUGACAUCCCUGAAAAUAAUAAUGAAAACAAUCACCUGGAAACUCACUCGAGACUUUUCCUUUAUAGAAGUUGUAAAUACCCAGCUUACUGUGAAGAAAAUGAUCAGUCAAUUACUCAACAAGAGAUUGAAAAAAUAUUUUUGCGAUUGAAAGAUUUUUUCGGAUUUCAAAGUGGCUCAAUGAAAAACAUGCUUGAUCAUUUUAUGGUGCAAUUGGAUUCAAGGUCUAGUAGAUUAACGUGUAAAGAGGCAUUGGUCACUUUGCAUGCUGAUUAUAUUGGUGGCGAUAAUGCCAACUACAGGAAAUGGUACUUUUCUGCAAUGCUUGAUGUUGAUGGACUUGACGAUUUGACUUUAUCAAAAACAGAGGAGCUAACUGAGGAGCAAAAAAGAACAAUUUAUAAGCUCAGUACCACCCUUGAAAAUCGAAGCAGUGACGAGAUUUUAACUACUGAGAUUAUAAGAAAUGAUUUGAAGCACAAAAACUUCAAAGAAAUUGAAUAUAGUUGGAAGCUUAUGAAUAAUUCUUUGACUCCAGAGCAGUUAGUUGAGCAGAUUGCCCUUUAUCUUCUUAUUUGGGGUGAGGCAAAUCAGAUCAGAUUCACUCCAGAGACCUUGUGCUUUAUUUAUAAAUUGGCAUAUGACAAGUACAAAUCAAAAAAAUUACUGGAAAAUAUUGAAACUGUCGCAGAUGGGAAUUUUUUAGAAAAUGUAAUUAAUCCAUUAUAUGCUUUCAUCAAAAUGGAAACUUACAAAAAAUAUGAUGGGAAAUUCAUGAAGCGGGAUCGUGACCAUAAAAAGGUUAUUGGUUAUGAUGAUGUUAAUCAACUAUUUUGGUAUAAAAAAGGUUUGAAAAGAAUUUUAGUAAAGGAAAAUAAUCGAAAGUCCAGGUUACUUGAUUACGAAAAAGGCCAAAGAUAUGACAAGUUGCCCAAUGUUGUUUGGAAAAAGGCAUUCUAUAAGACUUAUAAGGAGAGCAGAACUUGGAUGCAUUUGUUUACCAACUUUAACAGAAUCUGGAUAAUUCAUUUAUCAACUUUUUGGUAUUACACUAUCUUUAAUUCUCCAACCUUGUACACCCCGAAAUACGUUCAAACUCUUGACAACAAGCCUUUGCCUCAAGUGACUUUCUCAAUAUUAUCUCUUGGUAGUAGUAUCGCCUGCUUGAUCCAAUUCAUUGCUACUAUUUCUGAGUGGUUCUUUGUUCCACAAAAGUGGCCGGGGGCACAAAAUCUUUCUGUUAGAUUCUUUUUGUUAUUGGUUAUCUUUUUUGUGAAUGUUGCGCCAUCUUAUUAUAUUUUGGUACAUGUACCAAUCGAUACCUAUUCGAAAUCAGCACACAUUUUAUCAAUUGUGCAAUUCAUCAUUUCUAUUUUAACUUUCACUUUUUUCGCUUCGAGGCCUCUUGGUGCGCUAUUUGGGUCCUACUUGAACAAUUCAAGUAGUCAUAUUGGAAAAUAUUAUGCUUCAAAUGAGUUUACUGCCGCUUUCCCAAAGUUAGCGCCUGCUGACAAAACAUCAUCAUACAUUCUUUGGGUAGUAAUAUUUAUCUGCAAAUUUACAGAGUCAUAUUAUUUCUUGACAUUGUCUAUCAAGGAUCCUGUUAGAGUGCUAUCAAUAAUGAGAAUGACCAGAUGCGUUGGUGAAAUUUACUAUGGCAAUCUCAUCUGCACUUAUCAACCUUUAGUGGUUUUAGUAUUGAUGUAUAUAAUUGACUUGAUUUUGUUUUUCUUGGACACUUACCUUUGGUAUAUUAUAUGCAAUUGCGUUUUUUCCUGUGUUUCUUCUUACAAAGCUGGUUUCUCUGUUCUUAGUCCAUGGAAAGAUCAAUAUGGCUCUUUGCCUGAAAGAAUUUAUACUAAGAUUCUCGCUACAGCAGAAAUAGAAGUCAAGUAUAAGCCAAAGAUUCUUAUUUCACAAAUUUGGAACUCAAUAGUGAUAACCAUGUACAAAGAGCAUAUUUUGACCUUGCCAUAUGUGGAGAGACUUUUGUAUCGUCAAAUUGAAUCAGAAACCGAAGGAAAAAUGGCGUUGAAAGAACCAGCUUUAUUCAUCACUAAAGGAGAAGGAAAAAAUGACAUGGGCCUUGCUUAUGUUCCUAAAAAUUCUGAAGCUGAAAGGCGAUUAUCAUUUUUUUCAAGAUCGUUAGCCAGUUCAAUGUCGGAUCCCAUUCCAGUUGAGCAUAUGCCAACCUUUUCCGUGUUAGUUCCUCAUUACUCUGAGAAAAUAAUAUUAACUUUGAAAGAAGUGAUUAGAGGGUCUGAUGAUCACUCUAAAGUUAGCUUAUUGGAAUACCUCAAGAUUUUGUACCCACUUGAAUGGGAUUGCUUCGUUAAUGAUACAAGAAUAAUAGCAGGUCAAAAGCUUGAGGAAGAACGAAAGAAACAAAACGAAAGCUAUUUCUAUAAUUAUGUCAGUACAGAAAAGGAAAGCAUUGAAAAUCCAUAUUGGAGUAAAGUUCUUGACAAGCCAUUUUUACUUGUAGGUUACAAAAGUGAGAUUCCAGAAUUCACACUCAGAACAAGAAUUUGGGCAUCUUUGAGGUCACAAACGUUGUAUAGAACUAUUUCGGGCUUUAUGAAUUACGCUAAAGCCUUAAAGUUGCUUUAUAGAGUAGAAAAUCCAGAGUUGAUUACUCGAGCAGUGGAAAAUGGAACAGAUUUUGAAAAAGAUAUUGAAACUAUGGCCUUCAGGAAAUUUAAUAUGAUGGUGUCAAUGCAAAGAUAUCAAGAAUUUAAUACUGAUGAGAUUGAAAGUACAGACUUUUUGUUAAGGGCAUAUCCAUACUUAAAGAUCGCAUAUUUGGAAAAAGUUCCAUGUGAAUCACAAAAUGAAUGGGAUGAUAGUUAUAAAUAUUAUUCAUGCUUGAUAGAUGGAAAAAGUGAAAUAGAUUCCAAUGGCAGAAGGAUCCCAUAUUAUAAAAUCCAGCUUUCCGGGAAUCCUAUUCUUGGUGACGGCAAAGCAGAUAAUCAAAACCAUGCCCUAAUAUUUUACAGAGGUGAGUAUAUUCAAGUUAUUGACGCCAAUCAGGAUAACUACUUAGAGGAAUGUUUGAAAAUUCGAUCUGUUUUAUCUGAAUUCGAAGAACUCAAUGGUUUGAAUGUCAAUCCAUAUAUACCUGAUCUGAAACAAGAAACUAAAAUUCCAGUUGCAAUAAUUGGAGCAAGGGAAUAUAUUUUCUCUGAAAAUACUGGUGUUUUGGGAGAUGUUGCGGCUGGGAAAGAGCAAACAUUUGGGACUUUGUUUGCGAGAACUUUAGCCAUAAUUGGUGGAAAACUUCAUUAUGGCCAUCCAGAUUUUUUGAAUAGUAUUUUUAUGACCACAAGGGGAGGGAUUUCUAAAGCCCAAAAAGGGCUACAUUUAAAUGAAGAUAUCUACGCAGGAAUGACUGCAGUUUGUCGCGGUGGUAGAAUCAAACACUGUGAUUACUAUCAAUGUGGAAAAGGUCGUGACUUAGGGUUUGGAUCCAUCCUUAACUUCACAACUAAAAUCGGCGCCGGAAUGGGAGAGCAACUACUCAGUAGAGAAUAUUACUAUAUGGGUACGCAGCUACCGUUGGACAUAUUUUUGUCUUUUUAUUAUGCCCAUGCUGGUUUCCACAUUAACAACUUGUUGAUCAUUUUAUCAGUGAAUUUGUUUAUGUGUGUUGUGGUGAAUUUAGGAGCACUCAAUCACGAGUCUAUUAAAUGUAUAUAUAACAAAGAUGUUCCUAUAACGGAUAUCCAAAUACCGUUGGGGUGCUAUAAUAUUCAACCAGUUUUGGAUUGGGUCACUAGAUUUGUAUUGUCAAUUUUCAUCUGCUUCUUUAUCGCAUUUUUGCCGUUGAUUCUUCAAGAGUUUACGGAAAGGGGACUUUGGAAAGUUAUCACUAGGCUCACAUCCCACUUCUUAUCUCUAUCACCAGUUUUCGAAGUCUUUGCAUGCCAAAUUUACUCCACUUCCUUGACAUCCAAUUUAGCUUUCGGUGGGGCAAAAUAUAUUUCAAGUGGUAGAGGUUUUGCAACGACAAGGGUUCCUUUUUGGGAGCAAUACUCCAAAUUUGCCACAACAUCCAUUUAUUCAGGUGCUUACUUAUUCUUAACUCUCCUAUUCGCAUCAUUGACAAUGUGGCAACCUGCCCUUUUAUGGUUUUGGAUUUCGUCAGUCUCGUUGUGCUUGGCACCAUUUAUUUUCAACCCACAUCAAUUCUCGUUCACGGAUUUCUUUGUUGAUUAUAGAGAGUACAUAAAGUGGUUGAUUCGGGGUAACGAUAAUUUUGACUCACGGUCUUGGAUUUCAUUUGCUCGCCAAAGCAGAUCAAGAUUCACUGGCUUUAGGAAAGGGAAAACAAAGCCUACGUAUAAGAACAUACAGAAACCUAGCGUUUCAAACCUAUUCUACAGCGAAGUAUUGUCUUCAUUAUUCUACGCUCUAUCGUCUUUUCUUGGUUAUACAUUUGUUAACGCUCAAAAUGGCGUAAAGGAGGUUAAAGCAACCAACUCCGUAUUGAGGUUAGCAGUUAUUGCUGGUUUGCCUAUUGCAUUAGAUACGAUUAUUGUUUCAGUUUUAGUCACCUUUUCAAUUUUCUGUGGUCCUGUUGCCAGGUGCUGUUACUCCAAAAAACCCAGGAUUGGGGGAUAUAUUGCAGCUUUGGCUCAUGGCCUUUCAGUGAUUUGUCAUAUUGCUUGUUGGGAGUUAUUAUAUUUCCUUGAGAGUUGGAAUUUUCCCCGUGCAUUAAUGGGUCUUAUCUGUGGUAUUUCUACUCAGAAUAUCAUAUUUCAAUUUGUCAUAGUUUUAUUUCUCAACAGAGAAGAGAGGCAUAACCACGUCAAUAAAGCCUGGUGGGAUGGGAAUUGGCUUGAAGCACAAACAGAUACCUUCAAGGGCAUUUUAUUUUUCAGAGAAUGGGCUGUGAAAAUCGUAGAACUUUCACGCUUUUCACUUGACUUUAUCUUGGGACACUUUAUACUUUUUAUUCAAACCCCAAUACUUUUCUUACCAUAUAUUGACAAGUGGCAUUCUUUGAUGUUGUUUUGGUUCACACCUACAAAGGACUCAUUGGCCCCAUCUAUUUCAUCCAAACGUAAAUUGAGGAGAAGAAGAAUAGUGAUGAGAUACUCAUUGCUCUAUUUUUUGAUAAUGAUAACUUGCCUCACUCUGAUUAUUGUCGCACCAUUUACUGCCAGUUACAUUCCUAACCCUGAGCGAUACCUCCCCAAAUUUUUCAACGGCAUUGUUCAACCAAAUUACCAAAAUAACAAUGAUACUGGCGAAAAUGCCCCGACUACUGUUCUCAGAAAUACUCCCACACUUGCUCCUAUAAAAACAAUGUUCUAA